AUGGCGAAGGUGAGGUGGGCGUCAUCCCGUUUUAAAGGAGAGGGCUCCAGCGAGAAAUGUCUCACUACGGCGAAAACCGAGCGGAAGGGGAGGGUCCGACAGGAAAACAUAAGGGUGUGUCAUGGGGUGGAGUUUUUAUGUUGCUACACUAGAUCAUGGGAACCUGCCGUCGACCUUAAGGUGACAGCUCUGCCAGAAUACCUUCAAGCUUACUCUAUUGUGAAUAGGCUAAGAGUGGAACAAGUCGAAAAGAACUGGCCCACAGUGGUUGCUGUCAAGGGGGUGGUGCGGCUGCGCCCGACAGAAGCCAUCAAUGAAGACUGGGGCUAUAGAGAACCCGAUGAAUCUCCUGCAAAGAAAAAGUCAAUGGAUGUUAAACAAGUGGAGAGGAAAUCUGGGUCUAAGUUAAAGGCGGUGCAUGUGAGCUGGGUGCUCAAUACGGAAUUACUGGAGUAUUCAGUGUCUCAGCCAACAGAAACCGCUGAUGUCCAUGCAGUUGCAAAUCAAGAGAGAACCGGCUACCUAGGAUUGCCAAGAGUACCAUAUGCUCUGGGCCUUCUUUCACGCGAGGUUGCUACCACUUCCACCACAGACAACAAUGAUGAUCAUCAUAAAUCAAUGCCCAGUGAAACCCCUCAUCAGCUCAUGGUAUUGUGGGCACCAUUCCUUCUUAUCCAUCUUGGAGGACAGGACACUGUGACUGCUUUUUCAUUGGAGGACAAUGAGCUGUGGUUGAGGCACCUGCUGAUGCUGCUAGGCCAAGCAUGCCUAGUUGUCUAUGUGCUGUGGAAAUGGGUAACAUUGUCAUACUACCAACUUUUAAUCUCGGCUGCAUUGUUGUUCGUUGAUGGGGUCAUCAAGUAUGGGGAGAGGAUUUGGGCACUCAAGUUGGGGAGCCAGGAAGGCCUCAGGAGUUCCACUAGCACAGAAGCUAAGAAAGCAUCCCUUCAAUUUGGACUAGGAUUCAGUACUGAAAGAAAAGAGCAGACCUAUCAAGAAAUUGUUAGGUAUGCUCUUCUCAGGGAGCGAGGCGUGCGGGAUAUAUUCGCUGGACGGAAACUCUUCGACAUGGACGAUUUAACUCGCGAGUACUUUCUGUAUCAAUACGAUCGGGAGGUUCCGAGAGGGGAUGCACAACUGAAUUUCAAAAGGGCGGAGAUCGAGCUUAGCAUAAUGUAUGACAGCCUCUACACAAAAUCUCGGGUGAUUCAAACAAGGUCUGGCGCCAUCCUUCGGUGUGUCUCCUUCGCCUCCAUAGUGAUUGCCUUUGUGCUCUAUGUCAAGAUGAUGGUGAGUAGUAGUGCCUAUGCUGAGCAAACAACAUCAGUAUACAACAAUGUCGACUACAGAAGAAGUAGAGUUGAUGCUGCCAUCACCUACAUAUUAUUCAUUGGAGCAGUUUGCUUGGAAGCUUGCUCAUUCUUCGUUGUGAUGAUCAUGUCACCAUUGGAGUGGCCAUUGUUGGAAGCUCGAGCUGGAUGGUGUCGUGUGCUGCUCACUCGAGUGGCCUGGCCUAUGUUCAUGAGGAUCCAACCAGAGACCAAGCCAUGGUGGUCAAACUCAAUGGGACAGUACAACUUCUUGAGCUCCUGCUGCAACAAAAGCAGAAGCACGGACAGAAGGUGGAGUAGCACUGUCAUCAUGUCAAAGAUGGCAGGCGUAUUUGGAGCUAGUGAACUGUGGAACAAGAUAAGAAACACCAAGCAUGCCCACAUCACAAGGGAGAUGAAGGAGCUUAUCCACGAAACAAUAGGUCAUGACAGGGGGUGGCUUCCUGAGCGCAUCUGCGUUCCAAGUGCUUAUAGAUCACUACUUGUCCUCCCCUUCGAGAAGGCCUUGCUGUCGCUACACAUUUGGACAGAUGUGGUGAUGCACAAGGUGGCGAAGUCGAUGAUGGUGAGCAGCAGUGGUCGGCUCCCGAUUGACCUGGCCGUCCAAGAGCAAGACCAAGAGGCAGCACAGCGGUGGCGGCGUCUUAUGGAUAACUGCAAGAGGCUAUCUGAGUACAUGUUGUACCUGCUGCUGGCGCAACCUGCCAUGCUACCCGUGAGCAGCAACGUGCAGGAUUUUAUGGUAGCAGCGGCUGCCUCAGACUGGUCCAGGGGUGCCUCCUCCUCCAACAGCAAGGUGCAGGAUUUUAUGGUAGCAGCCGAUGUUGCCUCCAGAAAGGAGAAUUUUCUUGAGUGGUUGGCUUCAGAAUAUGAGGGUCCUGGUCUGGGCUUCUGGAAGGAGCAAACGGUGGUGCUAGAAAAUCAACAGGGCAUCAAUGCCGAGCUGGCGAUACUAGAGAAGGUGUGGGUGCGGAUGCUCGUCUAUGCAGCUGGAAAGUCCCGUCCGGAAGAGCAUGCCCGGCGCCUGAGCACCGGGGGAGAGCUCAUUACUUUCGUUUGGCUGCUGAUGGCGCAUCGGCGUACUGGUGACGUGGAGCGCAGUAUCAGCCUUAUCAAAGAUGAUUUCAGCGCAGGACAUCUUUUUGAGCUAACUACUGCUAGCAUACCAUACUGUAGGCAAAUUGAUAUGGAGGAGUCAAUUACUACUUGA